AUGGAACAGGACAGUAGUGAAAUAGUUCCAAGAGGCGCCAAGGAGAAAAUGAUGGAUCACUGUUUGAUGACACGCUGGUUAAAGAAAGCAUCGGGCAUGCGCAGAUUUCGCUGCUUCAUCUCAUCAACUGUCGGAGAGAACUCUGUGCAGUUUUGGUUGGAUACGGAAAGGUUCCGCAGAGCAGCGAACCAAGGGGAAGAGAAAUGGGCACUAUUCUAUCGGAGGAUGGAAACCAAGUAUUUUAAGAGUCGCAACGUCAAGUUACCUCCAACUGCACAAAUGACCCCUCUUCAGUUAUACCAAUCAAGUCUAAGUAGUUCUACGGAUACAGAAAUGACUGAUGAAAGCGUAACACUACAGAAGGUGACUCGGGAUACUUGCCUUGCUAUUCAGGGUUUCAUUCUCAAAUCUCUACAGAACUAUUGGGUUCCAAGGUACCUCAUCCACUGCAAACAACAUUUUGCAAAGUUCUCUCAGACAACUGCAUUCCAGGUUUACCGACCAAACUGCUAUGCUAUACGAGUUCGUAGCUUAUCUGAGAUCACAAGCGAUGAUGAAGGCGAUGUGAAAGGAGGGAUACCAUCCGACGUUCGCUCCCAUCACAGCAUCCGUAAACUCCAGCUUCUGAAACAGAGUCUCGGAAAUCUCAUGUCCAUGUUCAGCUCCAACCAAGUCAGAAGGCCAAAGUUUCUGAACGUAGAGGACACCGGCGAGAUGGUGCGCUCGGGAACUGCUGGAAUUUCAGCCGACAGAGAGGAGGAGGAGGAAUGCGGAGACGUGACGUUUAAAGGACAUGACUGGUUGACCGACGAAUUCCCACUGCCAGCUAUAUCGGAAGAAAGUGCAAGUUACGGACGAGGUCGCAGUGCAUCACCAACUAAAGCCACUCCGAGUAUCUCGGCAUCAAUCAUUUCAAGUUCAUCCACCGUUGGUAGCAUGGAAAGUGAUUCGGGUGAAAAGCAGGAAACAUCGCCUCUCUCUAGUGAGAAAGCAUCCAAAAUGUCCAAGCAUUCCUCCCGCCGAUCUUCAGCAUGUCGCAGUGCAUCUCCUCGAAGAAGUGCUGUGACCAGUGAUGACAUGGAUUUUCAAAGACCACCAUCCCACAGGAGAUCAUCAUCUGGUAGUUCAAGAAGGGGAUCAGCAAGAAGAGGGUCCUCAAGACGUGGAUCAUCAAGGCUUAGAUCGGCAAGAGAAGAAGAGAGCAAACACGACUCUUCGGAUGAGCAAGCGUCAUCUUCUAGCAGUAGUGAAGAGUCGGAUGAAGGUCAAAUAAAGACCCCCGAAUCAAAGACUCCAGGUACAAUGGACAAAGCAUUUAAACUAACCAUUUCAUCAACAGGAUCAGAGCCUGACGUAACUGAUUCAACAGAUGUUACUGACACUGGCAGAACGACACUGUCAGGUGAAAUGCCGUCAGUCAAGGAUGAACAUAAACCCGAUAAAGAAGAGGUUAAACAUCGUGGUACAAUUGCUGAUCUAAAUAAGUAUCGAAGAAACUCCGAUACAUCAAGAUCAUCUAGCAGAGACUCGAGCUCAACCUCUGUUGGACAGGCUUCUGUAUCAUCGGGUUCGAUGAUUUCUCUAUCAAAACGUCGCAUGUCAGUGCCAGCCACAGGUACAGUUCCACGUCCACCUGGAAUGCCAAAGCAUCCCGGUGCCCGUCGACCGAGAUCGCAAUCCGUCGAAUUCCGUCUCGGAGACUUUUCACUGUUCAUUGACAAAGCGGAAAAGGAUUCUUCUAAGAAGAAAGAGACUAAAACAGGCUCAGAUAAAGAUAUCAAGCUUGAAGCUGAUCUGAAUGCUUUGAAAGCUCUACAGAAAGAACGAGAGAAGAGGAAGAGACAACGUUUAAGGCAACUGAAAGCUUUGAAGAGAAAAAGGGCAAAACAAAAGCAAGAAAGCUCAAGUGAAAGUGAAGUUCCUGAUCUUGAUUGUUUACAGGAUCGCAAUGAUGACCUAGUCAGCACUCUCAAAAGACUGGCGAUGAGAAGAAGAGGAACAGUGUCACCACUUGCGAACAUUAAUAAAACAGCUCUCAAGAAGCUUGAGCAGAUGCACUCAAUAUCCCUGAGUGAAAAUGAAAGGCACAAGGAAUUCACUAAAAAGGAACGAAUGGUCAAUAGACAAAUAAAGCGAAUUGAGUAUGCUCUUCUUCCAUUUGAAGAAAAACUUCUUGAAGAUGACAGAAGGUUGAUGCUUGUUUCAAAUCUUCCAGAGGCACUCGAGGUAAUGGAAGAAGGAGUCGAUAGUAUUGAAUCCCUGGUUCCAAGACGCACAGAUACGCUUCCAGCUAUAAAAAUUCAACAGACAAAUGCUGCAAAUAUUACCAAACCUCGGUUUUCUAGUUAUAACUUGGGAGAAGCCAAUUUCCGCUCGAAGAAUAGGCAACUGAUGAGUGCUGUCCUAUCUGACCGGUUUGCUGGCUGGCCGUGGAUGAAAUUUUUGGUCCGAUACAGCUAUUCGAAGGAGCAGUGGUAUCUGAGGUUCUUUCACGCUGUUCAAGAAUAUUUAGACGCUGGCCAUCGCAUUGCUGGAGUACAACAAGACUCGAGGCGGCAGAGACUGGCCAGUAACCUCAUCACUAACUUUCUCCAUUCAACACGUGAUGGCAAAGUAAACAUUGGUCGUCUGCUAACGGCGGAGCUGAAAAAUCAACUUGGCGCCAAUAACGGUGACGAACUCUUGAUCCAUGCGCAGGAUCUUGCGUGUGAUGCUCUGCGGGAGGUAUGGGCAGUAUUUCAAAAACACGACCUGGACAGUUUCAUCAGUAGGACGAGUGAACGGAAGAAUGCACAACAGCGUGCCUUUCCACUCUAUACCAGCCCGACUCUUAACUUGAUGACCAAUCGCACGGUAAAAGCAGCCCCUCAGGACAUCCCCGGGAACGCUGCCCCCAAGACCCUAUCACAGGUACUCGCCGAUGCUCGCAAGACCAGCUCGAAGGAGAACAUCGAUGGUACGGCAUCAUCUACCAAGGUACAGGAAAGCGGUGAUCAGACCAAUUCGGUAGCCCCAUACAGGAUGAUGAGAGCAGUAAAGGUCUGUUUAGAGUUCCCUUUUGCAGGUUUGACAGAUGCUGACGUCAGUGACCCUAGUGACCCAGAUGAAGAGUCUGACGAUGAAGGGAGUGUACGCAGAAAGACCAUGAUAGUCCUGAGAAAACGUAAGAUCAAGAGUCCACCGCCGAGUGAGCGGUUCAAGGCAGGCAAGGAUGACACCCGCAAACGGACAGGUGCUCAGUCACGAGCUAAGAGAAGUAGUCAAGGUUACGAAUCGCCUCGCACAGCAGAAAGAGAUCAAGAAACGGCAAAGACUGGUGUAUGCCGAGCCAUUAGAAAAGGCGGCAAAACAAUCCCUCGACCUUCAAGACCAAGGAGCUUCAUGGAGGUACUCCACGAUCAGAGCCACUUUGAGUUCUUCCGUCGUUUCCUCCAAGUGGAGGUCGGUAACGAACUCCCUCUCUCCUUCUGGCAAUCGGUGGAGCAGAUCCGUAUGGGCAAUGUCCGUGAUCCGAAAGUUCGUCAGGCCAAGGCUCAAGCAGUUGUCAAGAAGUAUUUCAAUAAAUCCACGAACUUUGGUGCUGAUCUUAAUACAGAUGCUGAUAUAAUCGCUGAUAUUCCAAACAUGGAGAAAGUCACGCCUCAAAUGUUGAUGUCAGCACAGACCUGCGUGGCAAAGAGCAUGGAAAUGAAAUGGUAUGGGGAAUAUAAAGAAUCGUAUACCGAUGAGUCGAGUGAUGUUGCCAGUGAAGCCCCUGCACAAGUACAGUUUGGCCAAGAAGGGAGAACGAGAUACCUGUGGAACAUAUUCAUUUCUAAUGUGUGUCAAUUCAGACGAGGCCUUAUGACACCUUGGCUUUUAUCACUCUUUAAAGAUUACCUUGGUAAAGAGGUCCAGAGAGAAGUGGAAAAACAGAAAGCCACUGGUGUAGUCAGCAAGAGGAUUAUUGGCGGGAAGAUUGUCAUCGUCGACAAACUACAAAAUGAUCUCUGCUUCUGGGCUGAAGUGGAAAGAUUCAAGCAACUAGCCGACAAUGCUGCCCGUGCUGCGGCAGCCGGUACCUACACCAUCGAGGAUGAAGAAUACGUUCAGAAGAAAGCUAAUGCCAUCAUUGACGUCUUCCUUGACUCGUUCGUACCACCGAGGGUGCAGAUAAACGUCCCCCAAGAGAUUGCUGAUGACAUUAUUGAUAUUAGUCAACAUGGAAUAGUUGAACGUGGUUUGUUUCACGAUGCCGCUAUCCAUACAUUUACAGUACUCCUCUACUGUUGGAAAAAAUUUACCAAGGAAAGAUUGGCUUACAAGUCUUCCCCUUCGUCGGUUGUGGAGGCCACCAUCUCAGUACCCGCUCAACCCAAGAUCCAUGAAUACCUCGCCCCAGGAGAAUUCGGCCCUCCCAGAGUAGCGCCUCCACCAAAGAAGAAACUCAAGAAGAAGAGGAAAUCCUCCACGCCUAAAGUUUGUGGUGUCAAGAUCAAGACAAUCAUUGGAACUUCCAGUGAGGACAAUCCCCGGAUGUAUUACACCAUCGAGCAUGGGGUACAGCUCAUCCUUCCUCCUAAACCACAACCAGAGCAUGAAUCUAAGGACCGGUAUCGUAAUCUCAUGCAGACCCUCAUCAAUUCUGGUCAUGAAGAGAGUCUCUUACAGCUCUUCCAGCAACCCGCUGCUCUCGGCCUGGGACUGGCGCAACAAAGGAGGCUAAGUCGUACACUCGCCAUGCAGUUUCCAGCUUUGCUAAAACAAAACGCCCAGUGAAGUUUGGUUCUAGAUUUAUAGGCAAAUGCUGUUUGAAUUACGUUCUAGUCCACUAUUGAAAAUGAUUAGCUCUACAGAAAACAAUUAAUUAGAGGAAAAUAUCACAACAUUUUACUAGUAAAAUGGCAGGAACAUGGGAAUAAGCCAAAUUAUAUCCUGUAGGCCUCUCAUGAUUAAUGAUAGCAGUUUCGAAAUUUAAGUUCUAAUGUCAUUGAUUAGCUUGAUAAUUGAUGAUUAAUUUUGUAUAAUGUACUACAU